AUGGAUUCAAGCAGAAUCGUAUCUAUCCCCUUGGUUGUAAUUCUGCGAAAUGAAAACAAGGAAGUGAAGCAGACGGAGGCACAAUUACGAAUUACUCCCAUUGGAAAUACAGUGCGUUUGAUAGCCGCAUGCCAGGAAGGUGUCUUUGAGAAGGAAUUGACGGAGACAAGUAUUCGGAACGGCAAAGAUAAAACCGACCUACAAGAAUCAGAAUGGCUUGGCUUGACAUCUAGUCUACUUGGUAAUGCAGCCCUUUCCUUUGUAAGUCACAGAGCAAUACUAUGGGGAAAACUCAUAUCCCUGGAGGAAUACGACCCCCACACGGGAAGCUUGUUGGGGGACGAAUUGGCGGAAGAGGCACCCGAAUUCGAACUCAGUAUUCGUACAGAGGGCGUUCUUCCCAUCACAUACGGUCUGUUUCUGCUAAAGUUUGUGAACGUUGAGGAAAUUAGUCCUGAAGAUAGAGCAGAGUAUGAUAUGCUAACUUGGGUUGGAUUUCAAGCACGCAAAACAAAGCAGCUUCUGGAGAAACUUCAAGAGACUCAAAACAAAUUACAGGAGUAUGAGCGCACACUAAGUGUGAAAGAACACGAGAUUGAAGAAAUGACUUCCGACUAUAAGCUGAUCAUUCGCGACUUGGAAGACCGGUUCUUUCAGGUGUUGAAUAGCAAAAAAAGACGCAUCUUUGAACUCGAGGGCAACGGAAACUGCAAGGAGGCGCUAGAAAGUUUAAAUUUGGUUUACGAGGAGAGAAAUGCCUUGAACCUACAUCACAUCAAAGUAGAGGAUAUCCUUUCUGGAGACUCGUACAAAAACUAUGUCGCGGCCUAUACGCAAUCUGCACCAAAAAGGAGGAGAGUGAGAAAAAGCCCCCAAGCGAAAAGCCUACCCAAAAGCGAGCCAGAUUCGCCUAUACAGAACAAAGACGAAUGCAAAAAUGCGUCCGACGAAGAUGAUCAAAUAAAUGCUUUGUCAGAUGACGAUGACGAUGACGACCAAAAGAAUCUGGAACAAGACAGCCUGAUGCAGGCAUCUUCGGGCAUAAGUGAGACAGAGCCCAACGGUGAAAGCGCAUCGUCGCCCCAUAUAAAGGACGUCGAAAGUAGCGAUGAGGAGAAUCCACUUCUUGAUGACAACGAUACUGAUUACGGUUCUGAAAGCCAAAAAGAAGAAGAAGGCGAAGAUACGGACUAUGGUUCAGACUAG